AUGGCGACCAUCGCAUCCAGACCUGCCGAACCCCUGGUGCCAUCGCUGGUGGCGCCCCGCUGCGGCCGCGCUGCGCCCCGUCCUCCGCGCGUCGGGUCCGGCGGAAACGCCGCGGUGGUGGCAACGGCGGCGCUGGCGCGGUCCAAGCGAAGGCGAGGGAAGGCGAAGCCGAUGCCGGAGGAUCAGGCAGUUUAUCCGGCCAAAGAUCUUUGCAGCCGAUGUGGCUUUUGCAAUACCUCUCUGGUUGGCCGAGUCCAAGAGGCUUGUGCCUUCCUUGGCGACGGCAUGGCACGACUCGACCAGCUGGAGGAACGCGUACAUGGUCGACAGCGGAACCUCGAGGAUGAGAUGGAGCUGUACUUUGGCGUGACCGUGGAGGACGGCGUGGUUCCCCUGCAGGUCCUCCCCGAGCAGCGCCCGGCUCAGCGCGCCUGGACCGGCCUCGUCACCUCCAUGGCCUGCGCCCUGCUGGCUGCGGGCCGCGUGGACGCCGUGCUCUGCGUAGCCUCGGCGGCCGAGAGCCCCAAGAAGCGGCUGGAGCCGAGGCCUAUCCUGGCGCGAACGGUGGAGGAGGUCUUGAAAUGUGGUGGAGUGAAACCCAUGUUGUCUCCCAACUUGCUGCCGUUGGAAGAACUGUGGCAGGUUCGUGGUGAAGACAUCAAACGGCUUCUCUUCAUUGGUGUGGGAUGUCAAGUACAAGCGCUUCGCUCGGUCGAGGAGGAUUUGGGGCUGGAUGAACUGUACGUCCUGGGGACGAACUGUGUGGAUAACCCCAGGGACUCCGAGGCGCUUCAGCGUUUUCUGCGGAGUGCCAGUGAGACACCGGAGACGGCUGUGGGCUUUGAAUUUAUGCAGGAUAAUCGUAUCCAUGUGAAGCAUGCAGAUGGGCGCUAUGAGCAAAUCCCGGUAUUUGCAUUGAAGGAGCCUGAGAAUUGCACUGGGGUCAUUGCGAAGUCUUGCUAUGCAUGUUUUGACUAUGUGAAUGCCCUCACCGACCUGACGGUUGGAUAUAUGGCAGCCCCAUGGCAAGGUGGUCGUAUGACGGAGCAUCAGCAGUACUGCGUGGUGCGCAACCAGAAGGGUCAGCAGAUGUUGGACCUACUGGCAGAGAAACUGGACGUGGGUCAGGCAUCCAGCCUGGUGCCCAACGGUUGGUCCCUGCCACGUUCCCAGCUGGUGCCCUCGGUGCUGUCCCCGGAGCUGGACUUGGCCUUCGGCCGUCGCCGGCGCCGCGAACCGCCGCCGCGGUGGCUGGCGGAGCUGUUGAGCGACGUCGUCACAGCCUUGGGGCCCAGGGGGGUGGAGUUUGCCAAGGGAUCCAUUGAUCGAGCAGCGUUGAGAAAUUUGGUCUGCUUGGAGGUGGACUUGCUUCGACAGCGUGCAGGGCCAGGGCGAGAGCUGGAGGAGAUCCUCCCGCGACAUGCCAAGGUGAUCCGGGCGAGAUAUCACGAGCUGCUUCAGGAGAUGCUGGAGAAGUAUCAAGGUGCUCAAGUGCAGUAGCCGCAUAGCAACCACUACGUGGCAGAGCCAAGUCCCACGGGCUUCUUUCGUUGCAGCGGCCGGCCUCUCGCGUUUGACGUGGACAUUUUCAGAUGGCCGUGCCGGUGAAGUGCUGUGACUUUUUGCCCAUUGCUGGAGGAAAAGAUCCAUGAACAUCUCGUGGCCGAAAACUCGAAAACUCCGUGACAUUCAAAAAUCGAUCACCAGUAGGUUGGACCCUGAGUAGCUGCGUUGAAA